UUUAUCACUAUAGCCUCACUAAAAUGAUAGUGCUUAAACGUCAUUUAGUCCCGUCUUUAUAUUCUGCCCUUUUUCGUUUGGGAGAGUCAGUUAUUGACAUAUUUCCGUGAAUUUGCUAGGUUAAAUAUGUUGUGUUUAAGGUCGCGAUCAAUAGCUUCACUCUUCAAGCCAUUUCCAGAUAUAAGCCCUCCAUUCUUUUUCAUCCUCCCACGCCGAAGUAAAUAUAACGUAGAAAGGUUAGCGAAGCCGCCCAAAUUGCCGGAAGAUUAUGAAGAACGUAACGAAAAUCUCAAACGUGCCUUAUCCCCGCAUAUUACGAUUUAUAAGUUGGAGAUGCCUGCCCAUCAAUCCUUAGCUCAUCGAACCACUGGAAUCAUGCUUUCCACUUACUUGGUCAUAUUUGGUCUUGGAGCUCUGGUACUUCCAAAUGAUUUUGCAUAUUAUGUGAAUAUGGUUUACGGAUGGGACUUGAACUGCUAUCUGUUGGCCUUUUUGAAGUUCAUGAUUGCUUGGCCAUUCACAAUUCACUUUGUUGGGGGCGUUAAACACCUUAUUUGGGAUGCGGCUCCAAUAUGCCUCAAGAAAAUGGAUAGCAUUUACAUAGCUGGAUAUGCCGUAUUUGCAUUGGGAACCAUUUCAGCCAUAUGGCUCGCAUCGAUUAAAACAGGUGUUCCUUUAUAAAGACAAGAUUUUUGUUUGCAUUAUUUUGUUGUAAUAUUCGUUGUUG